AAGUUGGAUCUCAGAGUUCAAACACCAACUAAUGCAAUGUACUCGGUGAAUUGUGCAGGGCGAGAAAAAGUGGUGGGCAACAACCAAGCGACCCUCGAUGCCUGCCCCUUCAGGUUACUCAUGUAUGGUGUGGUCGAUCUCCGCCAGCUGCUGGAGUCCAUCAUGGAUGGGAGUUAAUCCAAGAUCGAGACUGAGUCUUUGCAACGGUCUGGUAUCAAACACCGAGCUACAUACGUCAAGGUUCACUAUCCUUGGAGAUGAGAAGUUGGAUCUCAGAGUUCAAACACCAACUAAUGCAAUGUACUCGGUGAAUUGUGCAGGGCGAGAAAAAGUGGUGGGCAACAACCAAGCGACCCUCGAUGCCUGCCCCUUCAGGUUACCUCGCAGAAGCUGGCUGAGAAUCAGGAAUACACUUGGAGAUGAAGCCAUCAUUGGCCGAAGCGAAGUGACACAGCAACUCAGGGAAGACCUCGCGCCCUUACCGCAACCAUCCACACAACAUCGUUAACCAUGACUCGGAGAGUUUCGACCCAAAUUCGCCUCAGCAGAAUGAGAUACGGCGAACAUGAACCGACAAAGCCGCUGCGAGGUUUCAGAUUCACCUGGAACAGCAACCCAUUUUC